AUGGCGACGGAGCUGGACUUGCCAGAAGGAACGGUGCAGAACAUUUUGGACCAAGAGAGUCUCAAAUGGGUUUUUGUUGGAGGGAAAGGUGGUGUCGGGAAAACGACUUGCAGUUCAAUUCUCUCGAUCCUUCUCUCUAAGGUUCGAUCGUCUGUUUUGAUUAUCUCCACCGACCCGGCUCAUAAUCUGAGCGAUGCGUUUCAGCAGCGCUUCACCAAAACGCCCAAUUUGGUUAAUGGAUUCUCGAAUCUCUACGCCAUGGAGGUGGAUCCCAAUGUAGAGAAUGAGGAGUUGCACAAUGCGGAAGGAAUGGACAGUUUUGUUUCUGAGUUGGCAAAUGCAAUUCCUGGAAUCGACGAGGCCAUGAGCUUCGCUGAGAUGCUCAAAUUGGUGCAAACAAUGGAUUACUCUGUUAUCGUGUUUGAUACAGCUCCAACAGGUCAUACACUCCGGCUAUUGCAAUUCCCAUCAACAUUAGAGAAGGGGCUGGCAAAAAUGAUGACCUUGAAAAAUAAAUUUGGUGGUCUUUUGAGUCAGAUGACCCGCAUGUUCGGCAUUGAUGGUGAUUUCGGUGAGGAUGCAAUUCUGGGAAAGCUGGAGGGCAUGAAAGAUGUGAUCGAAAAAGUGAAUAGGCAAUUCAAGGAUCCAGACUUGACAACUUUCGUCUGUGUUUGCAUUCCGGAAUUCCUGUCUCUUUACGAGACGGAGAGGUUGGUGCAAGAACUCACGAAGUUUGAGAUUGACACACACAAUAUUAUCAUCAACCAAGUAAUCUUCGAUGAAGCUGUUGAAUCCAAGUUGCUGAAAGCACGAAUGCGGAUGCAACAGAAGUAUCUUGAUCAGUUCUACAUGUUGUAUGAUGACUUCCACAUAACCAAGUUGCCAUUGCUUCCGGAAGAGGUGUGUGGGGUUGAAGCACUGAAAUCAUUUUCACAACACUUUUUAACACCAUAUCAACCUUCCCUGGCUAGAGGAACUGUUGAAGGGCUCGAGCAAAGAGUAUCCAUACUUAAGGAACAGUUAAAAGAAGCCGAGUCAGAGCUAGAGAGACAGAGAAAAGGAAAGGAAAAGGUCUGAUCUAUCUUUCCAUUUGCCAGUGAUCCAGUUCUUUUAUAUCGCAGCCGCACAAACAGUGGCUUGCCCUCUUCCGUCUGGCUGCCACUGGAAGGUAUUGUUUUUCUCUGCUCCUCGGUGUGAAUGAUAGCAUGGACGUUGAAGAAUUUUGUUUGAACUCCGGAAGCAGAACAAUGAACAAUCUCCAAAUUAUUUUGUCAACAAGUGAAGAUUCAUUAUUAGUGUAAAUGUGUUGGUACUCCUAUGGAUCCUCCAAACUCUGCAUGGGUUUUAUUUGGCUACUUCAUUAGUGCAAACAUAGAAUCCUAUUAGCCUAUUAGGCUGUACCAUAGUUAGCAAA